AUCGUGAUAAAUAAUCUAUUCGACCUGUAAACGCUCACAGAAAACACAAAAACUGUGACUUUGUUUAAGGCAUUAGCAGUGCCUAAUUUAUAUCGAGAAGAACUUAAGGGAUAAACAUUUUUAACUUUUAGAAUUUAUAAAUGAUGUAUUCUGUGGAGAUACAAACACAAUCUGGUAUUAAAGAAAAGUGACCUCCGUUGUGUCUAUUUUCAUUAAUCAUGUGCCAUGUAUAUACUAUAGGGCCUCUAAGCUGUUGCAUUCUGUGUGGACUCAUGUGGGACAUGAGUGGCCCUCUGUAAUAGAAAAAAAAAAUGUAACAUAAAAGACUUGCUUUGUUUUUAUAUUUACAUUGAAUAUUUUGAAAACACUUGUGAAAACUGCGUGAUAAUCAUAUCAAAAUGAUGAGGGUGUUUGUUAUCCUCUUUCUACUGACAAUGGUUAAUGUAUCUGUAGAGGCAGGCGGUUAUUAUAAAGCUUCAUGGAGCUAUUAUAAAACAUCCUCUGUGAACGUUCCUAGUGGAAACAGUUGUUCCGGAUGCAGUAUAAACGGAGUAUGUCACUCAGCCGAUCAACAGUGGAAACAAGGUUGUUGGACAUUACAAUGCAAUGUUAGAACUCUUGGUCGUCUAUCAAUUCGACAGUCAGUCCCAGUCAAAACUCAGUGUCGAGAUUCGUACGGUAGGUGUGUGGACAGCGGUGGCACUGACUAUAGCGGCCGUUGCACAUGUCAGGUGAUGGGAACAUCAUUCAAAUGGACAUGUAUUGGGAAAUAAAUAAUUUGAACAGCUUAUUGCUUUUAUGUGAACUUUUUCUGUAUAUAUCAUUCUUGUUAUCUCAUCUAAAUAGUUUAUACAUAAGUACUCGUAACCAAGUGAAAACUACAUAUUUAAUCAAACAUUUUUUUUCUGUAACUGCAUCGUACGAUCUUUAAGGACAGAUUACUUAGCUUAUCUGCAAUCAAUUCCGUCUUCAUGCCUCAUAUGUCAUGUACUGUGUUGUAACUCUAGAUUAAACUGACGAGGACUGAUAACACUAGGCCACAUAAAGUUUAAUUUUAAGUUCAAUUCAGGUUCCCGAGUGGUCUAGAGCGCUUGGUACAGUGCAGAAGGAGGUACCUCGCUCUCCCAAUA